AUGACGAAUCAAAUAUUAUUGAAGGUGCUAUAUGUGCUCUGCUUGAUCUUGGGUAUGAGCUUGACAAGGUACUGUGAUGCUCGUAUUCUUAAACAAGAAAAUCAUCAAGUUACAGAAAAGAUACUAGAUUUGUCAUCAUUUUCAUCAGCAAACAUUCCUGUAGGUUUUCCUACCCCUCAUUUUCCUGUUCCCCCGGAAGGUUCUUCUCUUGGACUUUUUCCGCCUAUCCCUGGUUUUCCUAUUCCCCCACAAGGUCCUCCUCUUGCAGGUUUUCCGCCUAUCCCUGGUUUUCCUAUUCCCCCUAUAAGUUCUGCUCGUGCAGGUGUUCCUAUCCCUGAUUUCCCUGGUACCCCAAACUCAAGCCCUGAUGUUGCAGGUUUUCCUACCCCUCAUUUUCCUGUUCCCCCGGAAGGUUCUUCUCUUGGACUUUUUCCGCCUAUCCCUGGUUUUCCUAUUCCCCCACAAGGUCCUCCUCUUGCAAGUUUUCCGCCUAUCCCUGGUUUUCCUAUUCCCCCAAUUCCCCCUAUAAGUUCUGCUCGUGCAGGUGUUCCUAUCCCUGAUUUCCCCGGUACCCCAAACUCAAGCCCUGAUGUUGCAGGUUUUCCUACCCCUCAUUUUCCAGUUCCCCCGGAAGGUUCUUCUCUUGGACUUUUUCCGCCUAUCCCUGGUUUUCCUAUUCCCCCACAAGGUCCUCCUCUUGCAGGUUUUCCUAUUCCCCCUAUAAGUUCUGCUCGUGCAGGUGUUCCUAUCCCUGAUUUUCCCGGUACCCCAAACUCAAGCCCUAAUGUUGCAGGUUUUCCUACCCCUCACUUUCCUGUUCCCCCACAAGGUUCUCCUCUUGCAGGUUUUCCUAUCCCUGGUUUUCCUGUUCCCCCUAUAAGUUCUGUUCGUGCAGGUGUUCCUAUCCCAGAUUUCCCUGGUACCCCAAACUCAAGCCCUGAUGUUGCAAGUUUUCCUACCCCUCAUUUUCCUGUUCCCCCACAAGGUUCUCCUCUUGUAGGUUUUCCUAUCCUGGGGAAUCUGUAG